UCCUUGCAUCUUAUUCUAGGUUCCUGUUUCCAUGUGCUCUGCUAUUUGCCUACCUGGUACAGCUAAGAAACUCCUCAAAACAUCAUGCUGCCAUAAUUGCAUACAGUGUUUAGAGGGUACUUACUCUAAUGAAACAAACUUACCAAAUUGCCUCCCUUGUGAAAAUGGUACCUGGUCUUUGAAAGGAUGGACUUCCUGUAAGCCAAAGGAAGAAGACUACUGGAAAUGGGAUGGGUCCCAUGCUAUAGUUCUACUUACAUUUACUGUAUUAGGUUAUCUGUUGUUGCUCUUCACCCUGAUUAUCUUCUUGGUCUUUUAUGGAAAACCAGUCAUGAAACAGGCAGGGGGAAACCUAUGUUUUCUAAUCAUGGCAGGGUUAACACUCAGCUAUACUAGUGUCAUAUUGUUCAUUGGCAAACCCAAUGUUCACAUUUGCAGGAGUCGACAGGUCUUGUAUGCUUUAGGGUUCUCACUGACAGUCUCAUGUAUUUUAGUUAAAGCUCUGCGCACCUUUGCAUGCUUUCAUUUACCGUAUCAGUGUGAGCGUGUUAAAAGGUUUUACAAGCCCCCUGUCAUCAUAGCUUGUGGUACUCUCAUUCAAGUCCUCAUCUGCGUCUUCUGGUUGAUAUUUGAUUCUCCAGCUGUGGAGACAUUUCAGUCUGACCAAAGCAUGAUGAUUACUGUUCAGUGCAAUGAAGGUUCUGGCGUUGGAUUUGGCAUCAUGCUUUGCUAUAUUGCACUGCUAGCAUUUGUCUGCUUUUUAAUGGCCUUUAAAGGGAGAAAGGUACCUCAGGCUUUCAAUGAGACUGGACACAUCAUCCUAAGCAUGCUAAUUUACCUUUUUGUGUGGGUCUGUUUCACCCCUGUAUACAUUGCUAAGGUCAAUGAGCGCUAUUCUAUUCAAGCAGCUGCCGUUUUGGUGUCAUGUUAUGGAGUUAUUUUCUGUCACUUUGCACCUAAAUGGUACAUGGCUCUCUGUAAAAAGAAAGAACAACUUACUCGAGAGGCAUAUAUUGCAAGAGCUAAUGCUCACAUCCCUGACACAGUUGACUUUUUCCCAGAGAUAAUACAGGAAGCUGCCUUUGUAACGGGGUCACAAAAUACCAUUAACUCAGAUGAUACUGGUUUGGGUUCAAUUAAUUUAGAAAUAACAAACCAGACAUUACGAAAAAGAACGAGGAGCAAAUCCAUUUGAU